AUGCCGCCGGGGCCGCCGGUGCUCCGGGCCCCCCUCCUCCUUCUCCUCCUCCUGCACUUCCUCGGCGCCCCGACCCGCGGAGCCGUCUACACCAACCAUUUCUUGGUGGAGCUGCGCGGCGGGGGCCAGGCGGAGGCCGAGCGAGUGGCUGCGGAGCACGGCUUCGGUGGGGUGCGGAAGCUCCCUUUUUUAGAAUCUGGAUACUUUUUUUAUCACAAUGGCCUUGCUAAAGCCAGGAGAAGACGCAGCCUUCAACACAAGCUUCGUCUGGAAAAGGACUCCAGGGUAAGGAAAGCUGUGCAACAGGAGGGCUUCAUCAGAAGGAAGCGAGGAUAUAGAGACAUCAAUGACAUUGACAUCAGCAUGAAUGAUCCUUUAUUUACGAAGCAGUGGUACCUGAUUAACACUGGUCAAGCAGAUGGGACUCCUGGACUUGACCUCAAUGUAGCUGAAGCAUGGGAGCUGGGAUACACAGGGAAAGGAGUAACCAUAGGAAUUAUGGAUGAUGGAAUUGAUUAUCUGCAUCCAGAUCUUGCAUCAAACUACAAUGCCAAAGCCAGCUACGACUUCAGCAGCAAUGAUCCCUACCCCUAUCCCCGCUAUACAGAUGACUGGUUUAACAGCCACGGGACAAGGUGUGCAGGAGAGGUGUCUGCUGCUGCCAACAACAACAUCUGCGGCGUGGGAGUUGCCUACAACUCCAAAGUGGCAGGUAUUCGAAUGCUCGACCAGCCGUUUAUGACAGACAUUAUUGAGGCUUCCUCCAUCAGUCACAUGCCUCAAGUCAUAGAUAUAUAUAGUGCCAGCUGGGGACCAACUGAUAAUGGGAAGACUGUGGAUGGACCUAGAGAGUUAACGCUGCAAGCAAUGGCAGAUGGUGUAAAUAAGGGCCGGGGUGGAAAAGGCAGCAUCUAUGUCUGGGCCUCUGGAGAUGGAGGCAGCUAUGAUGACUGUAACUGUGAUGGUUAUGCAUCGAGCAUGUGGACAAUCUCCAUCAAUUCUGCCAUAAAUGAUGGACGGACAGCUCUGUAUGAUGAAAGCUGCUCUUCAACCUUAGCCUCCACCUUUAGUAAUGGGAGGAAGAGAAAUCCGGAGGCUGGCGUGGCUACAACAGAUUUGUAUGGCAACUGCACCCUGCGUCAUUCAGGCACGUCUGCAGCUGCCCCUGAAGCAGCCGGAGUGUUCGCCCUGGCCCUGGAGGCUAACUUGCAUCUGACAUGGAGAGACAUGCAGCAUCUGACAGUGCUCACCUCCAAGAGGAACCAGCUUCAUGAUGAGGUUCACAGGUGGCGUAGGAAUGGCGUUGGGCUGGAGUUCAACCAUUUGUUUGGCUAUGGUGUCCUAGAUGCAGGAGCAAUGGUUAAGAUGGCAAAAGACUGGAAGACUGUUCCUGAGAGAUUCCAUUGUGUUGGAGGGUCCAUACAGGAACCUGAAAAGAUACCAGCAAGUGGCAAACUGUUCCUCACGCUGACAACCGACGCGUGUGAGGGGAAGGAAAACUUUGUCCGAUACCUCGAGCACGUCCAGGCAGUUAUAACUGUGAAUUCCACUCGGCGAGGAGACCUCAACAUCAACAUGACCUCGCCCAUGGGAACCAAGUCCAUUUUGCUGAGCCGGCGCCCCAGGGAUGAUGACUCCAAGGUGGGUUUUGACAAGUGGCCUUUCAUGACGACCCACACGUGGGGAGAAGACCCCCGAGGCAUGUGGGCUCUGGAGAUCGGGUUUGUCGGCAGCCAGCCCCAGCGGGGGGUGCUGAAGGAGUGGACGCUGAUGCUGCACGGGACUCAGAGUGCACCCUACAUAGACCAAAUUGUAAAAGAUUACCAGUCCAAACUGGCCAUGUCCAAGAAGGAAGAGCUGGAGGAAGAAUUAGAUGAAGCCGUGGAGAGAAGCCUGAAGAGUAUACUGAGCAAGAACUAGUGCUGUGUUGCAUGAUGGUGUCUUUCCUUCCCCACACCCCUCUACUCAUCAUUCUGCUAUCCAAACCUCUGUGUUAGACGUAUUACAAUGAUUGUCUCUGUAGACAAAUUAUCACCCCUCCUUGAUUUUAAAGUCUUAUAUCUCAUCAAUAAUUAUUUUAAUUGCCACUGAAGUAGUCCAUUUUUUAUCUCUGAACCACAAAAUAUACUCCCACCAAAUACUAUGUACAGUUUGUGACUGUAAAUGAUGAUUUUUCUUUUGUGUCAUACAAAUAAGUAAUAACCUGCAAAGAAGUUAAUGGCUUUUCCUUUCAUAUUUCUGUGGUAAAUGUUUGUAUUAAAAAAAGAGUGAAUUUUAACACUGGAAGUUGGUGAUAAUGAGCACAUUUUAAAAAAUGACCUUGAGAGAGGGAAUCACAAAGAAGUUGUCUAGAGAGGUCUUUGAUAUUCUCCAUCUGCAUCACUGACUUCAGUGGGACUUUUUCCAUUGGGUUCAACUAAAGUAGCACUAGACCCCCCA